AUGUCAAUGUACGAAAACUCACAAACAUCCGCGCAGGCUUCCACCAACUACAAAGAGGCGUUUCAGCUUUUUGACAAACGCGGCAACGGUCGCGUUGCGCUUGACAGUCUCGGUGAUCUUUUGAGAGCCUGUGGACAAAAUCCUACGUUGUCAGAGAUCAAAGACUUGGAAAAGAGCAUUGGCGGAGACUUCGACUUCGACUCUUUCUCCAAAAUUCUAAAUCGCCCGGGCGGCUUCCGUGACCCUGGUGACCCAGACCAGUACUGCCGCGGCUUCCAGGUUUUCGACAAAGAUGGCACAGGUUUCAUUGGAGUUGGGCAACUCAGAUAUAUCCUUACAAACCUGGGCGAGAAGAUGAGCGACGACGAGGUGGAUGAACUCCUCAAGGCUGUGGACACCAGCAGUGGAGAGAUCAAUUAUGCGGGCAUGUUUUAUCAUAUACUCCAACGCUAUGCGCAUCACGGCACGCACUAA